GCGGGGGGGGGGGGGAGGGGGGAGGCGGGGCAGGGCCGGAGGCUGGGGUGCCGCCUCCUCUGCAACGCCGGGGCCGAAGUCUUAGAACCCAGGGCCCGUAGGGGUCCCCGCGGCCGCCGCGAUGCAGAAAUACGAGAAACUCGAGAAGAUUGGGGAAGGCACCUAUGGAACAGUAUUCAAGGCCAAAAACCGAGAGACCCAUGAGAUUGUGGCUCUGAAACGGGUGAGGCUGGAUGACGAUGAUGAGGGAGUGCCGAGCUCAGCCCUUCGGGAAAUCUGCCUACUCAAAGAGCUGAAGCACAAGAACAUCGUCAGGCUUCAUGACGUCCUGCAUAGCGACAAGAAGCUGACUUUGGUUUUUGAGUUCUGUGACCAGGACCUUAAGAAGUAUUUCGACAGCUGCAAUGGUGACCUAGAUCCUGAAAUUGUAAAGUCCUUCCUCUUCCAGCUGCUGAAAGGCCUGGGAUUCUGUCACAGCCGCAAUGUACUGCACAGGGACCUGAAGCCCCAGAACCUGCUGAUAAACAGGAACGGGGAGCUGAAAUUGGCCGAUUUUGGCUUGGCUCGAGCCUUUGGGAUCCCAGUUCGCUGUUACUCAGCUGAGGUGGUCACGCUGUGGUACCGCCCACCGGAUGUCCUCUUUGGGGCCAAGCUGUACUCCACAUCCAUCGACAUGUGGUCGGCCGGCUGCAUCUUUGCAGAGCUGGCCAAUGCGGGGCGGCCUCUUUUCCCGGGCAAUGACGUAGACGACCAGUUGAAGAGAAUCUUCCGGCUUCUGGGGACACCAACCGAGGAGCAGUGGCCUGCCAUGACCAAGCUGCCAGACUAUAAGCCCUACCCGAUGUACCCGGCCACAACGUCCCUGGUGAAUGUCGUACCCAAGCUCAAUGCCACAGGGAGGGACCUUCUACAGAACCUCCUGAAAUGUAACCCCGUCCAGCGCAUCUCGGCAGAGGAAGCCCUGCAACACCCCUACUUCUCCGACUUCUGCCCCCCGUAGGCUCCAGGACCUUGGCCGGGCUGGGGCCUGGCCUAUUUAAGCCCCCUCCCAGGAGGGGAGGAAAAGCCGGGGGUGCACGGGGUGCUGAGCUCCAGCUGUGCUGGGCCUGGCCGGGGUGGGGGUGCCCCGGCCCGUGUUCUUCGCUCCCUCCGUGGACUUUAUUUAAUUUCAUAAAUUGGCUCCUUUCCCACA